AUGAGAUUCCCAGCCAUCAGUAAAGUAGCUCUGGCCAGACGAUCAUUGCAUACCUCUAGCAUCGCUAGAGUACCAUUAUUGAUCACCCCUGAACAAUAUCAAGAUCUACCAAAGAAUACAACCCUCCCACUGGAUGUAUCAUGGCAUAUGCCAAAUUCAACUCGAUCAGCUUUGAGCGAAUACCUCUCCGGACCAAGAAUACCAAAGGCCAAACGAUUCGAUUUGGACGAGGUUGCAGAACUGGAAGUGGACAAGAACCCUUUAAGUCUGACUCACAUGUUACCUACUCCAGAGAGGUUUGUUGAAGAAGUCCGUAAACUCGGUAUAAGGAAUGAUGAUCAUAUAAUUUUGUACGAUACAAUCGGUAUCUUUUCAAGCCCAAGAGCUUUAUAUACCUUCAAAGCCUUUGGGCAUGAGAAUGUAUCUGUGCUAGAUGGUGGUUUACCAAGAUGGAUCGAAGAAGGAUACGAAGUGGAAACUGGAGAAGUUAAACCAACACUGCAUGAAAGUCAAUACAGAGCGCCUAAAGGUCUGAAAGAGGACUGGGUUAGGUCCUACGAACAGAUAGUUGCCAAUUCAGAGAAACCUUUAAGCGAUACUGCGUCUGACGUGGUAUUGGAUCAUCGACCCAGACCAAGGUUUACAGGAGAAGCUCCUGAACCCAGACCUGGAUUAUCAUCUGGGCAUAUACCAAACUCACUUUCAUUACCUUUCCCCUCAUAUCUUCAAGGAGCAAACGAUAAAUUCCCUUAUUCAUCUUUCAAAUCAAUUGAAGAACUGAAAAAAGUAUUUGAGGAUGCCGUAGGUGGAAAAGAAGAACUAGAUAAAUUGAUAGUCAAUCAGAGGACAACCGUAUUCACUUGUGGAAGUGGAAUGACAGCUGCCAUAGGUUGGUUAGCUAAUGAAUUGAUAAAAGAGAAACAAGGUAAAGGACUGAAAACUGCUUUGUAUGAUGAGUCGUGGACAGGUUAUGCUCUGAGGCAGGAAAGCAAGAUCGUCAAGGGGAACAAAUGA